ACCAGGGGAACGCGAGAGUGGAAAGUUGCGCUUGUCCGCUCGGCUUUUAUCCAAAUGUAUGAACACCGGAGCCGUAGCGUUACUCUUGUGCUUCACAGUUUGCUAAACAUGCGUUUAGCAGCGUCGCUUAUGGAGGAAAAGUAAUGCAGAGUCAACGCUUUUGGAUUUGUCCAUCAAUUCACAGCGAGGUUUCCUCGUCAUAGGAGCAAGUAAAACAACAUACAGCAAAAUGCCGUCACCACAAGUUCUCCAGCCGGUCCUUAAAAUGAAGGUGGAUGAGUUGUUCCUCAACUGGUUGAGCGAUCCUGCAACUCAGUCACUACUCCAAGAUUAUCUUGAUGUGAUCAAAAGUGGACAGCAUGUUGAUUUGAACUCCAAGGACUCCCCGGAUAAAAGGUCACUGGGAUUCAACGAGAACAACAAUGUAGCAUCCCAGAAGAACCUGGCAGAGAAGAAGCAUGCUCCCCUCAGCAUUGCCUCCAGCCCCCCAUCUGCCAGCACCCUGCCCUCUCGCAGCAGCAGUAACACCAGAGUGGCAGGACCCAAUGGCAGGGUGCUACGGAGGUCUGUCAGCACAAAGAAGGCCCAGGUGAGGACGGAGGAGCCAGUCACCACAGCACUGAGUGAAAGCAUUCCCAAGUUUUACUUCCCACAGGGCCGGCCCCGAGCCAACCUCAACAUCGACAACCUCAUUUCCAAAAUUGAGAAAAUAUUUUCCCAAUUCCCAAAUGAAAGGGCCACCAUUGAGGACAUGGGGCAGGUUGCCAAGGCCUGCGAGUGUCCCCUCUAUUGGAAAGUGCCAUUGUUCUGCUCAGCUGGAGGCGACAGGACGGGCUUCGUGUCCGUUCACAAGUUUGUGGCUAUGUGGAGAAAAACUCUGCAGACCUGUCACGAUGACGCUUCUAAAUUUGUGCACCUCUUGGCCAAGCCUGGCUGUAAUUACCUGGAACAAGACGACUUUAUUCCAUUCCUGCAGGAUGUGGUGAACUCACACGCGGGCCUGGCCUUUCUAAAAGAGGCACCGGACUUUCACUCACGAUACAUCACAACGGUGAUUCAAAGGAUAUUUUACAAUGUGAACCGGUCAUGGACUGGAAAAAUAUCAUGUUCUGAGCUCAGGAAAAGUAACUUUCUUCAGAAUGUGGCGUUGCUGGAGCAGGAAGAGGAUGUGAACCAGCUUACAGAGUUCUUCUCCUAUGAGCAUUUCUAUGUUAUCUACUGCAAGUUCUGGGAGCUGGACACUGACCAUGACCUCUACAUCGACCAGAAAGACCUGGCACGGCACAAUGACCAAGCCAUGUCACAUAAGAUGAUUGAGAGAAUAUUCUCAGGAACAGUCACAAGGGACAGACGUGUUUAUAAGGAGGGGAGGCUGAGUUAUGCUGAUUUUGUCUGGUUCCUCAUCUCUGAGGAGGACAAGAAGACCGACACCAGUAUAGAGUACUGGUUCCGCUGUAUGGACCUGGAUGGUGACGGGGUGCUCAGCAUGUAUGAGCUGGAGUACUUCUACGACGAGCAGUGCCUAAAGCUGGAGUCCAUGGCCAUCGAGCCCCUUCCCUUCGAGGACUGCCUCUGCCAAAUGCUUGACCUUGUCAAACCUGAGGUCGAAGGUAAGAUCACUCUGCGGGACCUGAAGAGGUGCAAGUUGUCCCACGUUUUCUUCGACACUUUCUUCAACAUCGAGAAGUACCUGGAGCACGAGCAGAAGGAUCCCUUCUCUGUUAUCAGGGAGGUGGAGGCCGACGGCCAGGAGGUCUCAGACUGGGAGAAAUAUGCUGCAGAGGAGUACGACAUCCUGGUGGCUGAGGAGGCUGCCAACGACCAGUGUAAUGAUGCGUAUGAUAAUCCUCUGAGCCCUUUAGGGCAGCACAUCUCCACUGAGCUCGGUCUGACAAAGAGACACUUCUUUGAGAUCCCCAGUCCGCACUGCAACCCGGACCUGGACGAAUACGAAUAUGAAGACGACUUCGAAUGAUGCUUGAUGCAUUUUCUUAGAAGCCUGCUGAGCACCUUCCACCCCCAGAAACAGAAGUCAGACGGCCGUGUUGGUGGUUGAAUCACGUCGAACCGAGACCCAGAGAUCCUGCAAAGCGGGACACGCUUCGCCAAACAGAGUAAACACAAAACCAGGAGACAGUCAGAGCAUCGGUGGAGUCAGGAGAACAUUCUCACACAUCAGGCAUACAGGAGAAGGUCGUUCUUCAGGACUGACCCAGAUUAACAUUUUCACCUGUUGCACUUAAACACCACAGCUGACUUCCAGCAGCAUGUGUUCAACCUUCGCUCCCUCCCCACACGUUGACAAGUUGUUUUCUGCAUGUAAUCUUGCGCAUCAAUAAUGUUUGGGGCGAGUUUUGUGUCAUCUGAAUAUCGGUGUUGUGUAAUAACGUUCACGUGAGCCAAAUCACUUCUUUAUUUACGCACUGCAGCUCCCCUGAAUUCCUGGACAGAAACCGCGUUGAUCUGCUUCAGUAUGGAACUUAUUGGCUAGAGUUACAUUCCAGUGAUCAGAACCAAGGGUUUUUCUGCUGUAAAGUCACUCACGGUUUGUCAGACGUUACUUUAAUGCCAAACAAGCCACCUUUGAGCCUUCUGCACACACACAAGCACACAGUUGAGACAGCGGAUGUCGUACAGGUUUAUCAUGACUUCAUGUGUGAGAUGGGUUUAUAAAUUAUUAGACAGAUUUAUAAAUGACUGUAAAUAUUUAUUUUGUGCUUGCUGUGUUGUAAAUGAAUUGGGCAAGUGUUUUAGACAUUCUUUUUUUCUAUGUUACAAAGUACUGAAGUGGAACGUACUUUGAGAGAGCAAAAGGAACCAUUUUAAAAUGUUUUGCUUUUUUCUUUAAUAAUAAAGCCUUGGUUAAUGGAA